ACUUUGACUACUAAAACGUCAAAAAAAAGAAAAAUAUAAACAUUCACAGAAUAAACAAAAUUACAAUCUUACUUUUAUAAAUAGUUGUCAGCCAAAAUUAUGGACAUUUCAAAAGAGCCAAACUUCCAAUUGUUAAGCUCGCCGUCGUUCGUGCCAGAAAAAUACAUAAAAGAAAUAUCACAAAACUAUGUGGGUGGAUCAGAGCUACAAAACCUCAAGAAAAAAAUACAGCAGCUAUCAGAUGAGACGAGUAACAAUCUAAAAAAGAACGUAUAUCAAAACUAUGUCCAGUUCAUAGAUACUGCUAAAGAAAUUUCUCAUUUGGAGAGUGAAAUGUAUCAGUUAUCCCAUUUGCUGUCCGAGCAAAAGUUUUUAUUAAAUACCUUAUCUACUACAUCGAUUCUAGAAGACAGGACCCACUUUAACAUUGAACGGAAUAACAAGUUGGAAGAACAAGAUAUUGAAGAAGAAAAUAGGCAGAAACUUACUACCAUACUAGAAAAAGUAGAGGGUUGUAAGGAAGUAAUUGAAGCACCUGGAAGAGUGUUUAUUUUUGAAGGUGACCUGCUUGAAAUUGACUCCACUGAAAACACUGCUAUUAAAUUCGUACAUGUAUAUUUAUUUAAUGAUACUUUAAUGAUUACUAAUAGGAAUUCUAACAGUAGAGGUUUAAUGAGGUAUGCUUUCGAGAGCCUGUAUGAGCUAAGCAGUUUGGCUGUGGUGAAUGUUAGGGACUUAGGGAAUAUUAAACAUGCCUUUAAACUGCUGAUUUUUCCUGAUACUAGGGUUUUUCAGUGUUCUUCUAAUGCCAGCAAGAAAGAUUGGCUGGAUAAAAUAGACCAAGCCAAAAAAACCAGAUUGGCAGUGGAACAACAACAAAAAAGAGAAUCCUCAAUUGAAAAAUCCUCUCCAGCCCGAUCAGUAUCAAUAGACCUAAGUUCACAGAGUAAAAACGAAGAGAUCACCAUCACUCAUCCGGAUUGGUUCCAUGAUAUUCCUGAUGAGCUGGAUGUAUGUUUAGCACAAAGACAGUUUGAGGAUGCAGUGAAUUACUUAAACAGAGCCCAGCACUACAUAAAUAAAUUCAACUCUCAGCAUUCCACUGCAGAUCAUACUGUCCUCGACAUCCAGAAGAAAGUGGAGCUAAAACAAAGCAACCUUAUCGAUAUGCUUAUGAAAGAGCUCGAAGUCAAUCCAGAAAAGUCUUUGCAAGGUGGAUUAAGGGCCACACGAACCGCGGUGCGUCUACUCAAUCAGUUGGGCAGAUCCACUCAGUCCUGUGACUUAUUUUUAAAGUUAUGCAGUAGCAUGUUAAAAACCCAAUGCAAAAGGGUGAAAAGGGAGGGUUCUACCACAACUUAUGUACGACAUUUAUCCAGUGUGGUUUUUACCAACAUGUGCCACAUGUCAGAGGAGUUUUUAAGGGCUUUUCCUGAUUCUUCGGACUGUGCUUCUGCUUACGUCGUUUGGGCCAGCGGGGAACUCAAUCAAUUCACCACCCAUUUUGCUAAGCAAGUUUUUAUGCCACAAACCAGCUUAAGUACCAUUACAGAGUGUGUGGAACUAGUAAGGUUUCAGUGUGAGAGGCUUUGCACUUAUGGGGUUGAUUUUCGAUAUCAGGUCGAUGGGGCUUUAAGAACACCCCUUACAAAGGCCUUAAGUGAUGCCAGGGAUAAGUUUAUCGAUUCGAUAAAGUUGAGGGCGAUCGAUGAUAAGUGGAUACCGAUGAAUUUGGUUACUAGAAGUGGAUUAGCCAGGUGCCUUCAAGAACACAGUAAUAUGGGUCUAAAGCUGGAUUCCUAUGUCACUGGUGAUGUAUGGUUACAACUAACCUCAAGCAAUUUAGCUUUUACCAAAGCUUUUCUCACCCUCCUCGACGAUUGUCUUAAACUGAAAACCACUGAACUUCUUCACCCUAUUAACGAAACUUUACAAAGAGUCUUCGACGCACAAAUAAGAAGUAACGAACAAGCUUUAAGGAACGAACUGCAGCCUGAACAAAAGCAGUUUAUUCUGAAAAACAUCGAGUUUUUGCUGCAAGUUUUGAUGGAUUUAACGCAAAAGAAAUAUAAGGAAACCGUAGGGUUCGAGUGCGAACAUUUAAACAAAUUAGUAAAUGAACACUCUGCUUUAUUGAAGAGGAAUACAAAAACCAAAUAUUCGUCAGAGUUUUUAUAAUAUAAUAAUAAGCGAUUUUACCUAAAUUGUUUACAGUUAGCUAAGAAUAAAUGAAUAUACAUGUUUA